AUGGGUAACAGCCCCUCAACCUCCAAGCCGGCCACCCCUACCCAGCAUCGUCACGGCCACGGCACCGUCGAGCAUGCUGAGCGCGUCGACUCCCCCAGGCCCAGCAAGAAGGAGCCCAAGAACCUCAUCUCGGCCCACCAGCACCAGCACCGCUCCGCCGCCUCCUCGCCCGAGGCCAGCGUUGUCUCGGCACACGGCUCGACCAUAGGCCCCCGCGGCACCCACUCGAGGCCGCUGUCCAUACUCAACGCCCCGGCCUCCAGCUCACCGAGCGCCCGCUCCUCCGUCUCCAAGCCCGCCUAUCCCGACGACCGGCAUGAGCCCUCCAAGCCCGUCGAUGUGCCCACCAACUCGCACCACCCGCACAGCACCACCAACUCGCCCGCCGUCCGCUCGCCCCCCAAUUACGCCGACGAUCCUAGCUUGACCUCGGGCCCGACCUCGGCCAGCGUCACCGACAUGUCGUAUCAGAUGUCGAGGCCGCCGAGACUGCCACUCCCCAUCGAGGAAGAGGUUCACACCCCCGGCUCGCCCAUCAUUGCGCCCGCCGAUAUAUCGUCCGGCGGGCCCAUUGAAGAUAUCGAGGCCAGCUUGGAGAGGGAAGCCGAGCACGCCGCCGGCGCAGACCUCACGAGGAAGUCAUCGGCCCUCAGCAAUGCUACCGACGAUGAAGAUGCUGAGGAGCUGAGGGUCGACAAGACGAGAACCGUCCCCACGAGGGUCGAGUGGUUACAGGGUGGCCAGAAGGUCUAUGUCACGGGAACUCCGUUUCAAUGGAGUCGAAAGCAGAGACUGUUCCCUGCAAAGGAUAGAGAAGGCGUCUUGGAAGCAAUUCUUCCCGUCUUUCCGGGAACACAUCACAUCAAGUUCUUGGUGGACGGCCGCAUGGAGACAUCUAUGCACCUUCCCACGACUGUCGACUUUGGAAACAACCUGGUGAAUUACAUCGAAGUAAGCGGCGAGGAGGCUGCAGCGAGGACUCUCACGCUUGGAGCUACACCUCCCAAGUCGGCCUCGGAAGCAGAGGCACUGCCUUCCAGGCAGCCAUCCGAGUCCAAGUUGGAUGGCGAGGAGAAGCUGCCGCAGAAAAAGGUCAUUGAACCCGCCGAAGCCUUCAGCGGCGCAAUACCGGCCUACCUAUCCGACUUUGACCAGCCCGAGGACACAAGGUCGUACCAGCUGUCCGUGGGAGCCCUCGACAAACUACCAACCCCUCCGUCUCUGCCGGGGUUCCUUAGUAAGCCCAUCAUGAAUAAUACGACACUCAUGAAGGACGACAACAGUGUCCUGAACAUGCCAAACCACACGAUCCUAAACCACUUGGCCACGAGCAGCAUCAAGAACAACGUCCUCGCGGUAUCCGCCACUACGAGAUAUAAGAACAAGUAUGUGACUACGAUCGUUUACAAGCCCACGUCGGACGACAGCUAG